CAUAGCCCAGUAACUUUGCUUGUACCUCUUGAGCACCAGGUGCAGAAUUAAGAUCUGGAUUUGGGACAAAACAUAGAGCAUUUUUCUCAGGGAAGAGCUACCAUUAUGCUGGCCACCAGCCUGCUGGGAGCAGCCAUCGCCUCCAUCUGUCUUGGAACCAGCAUGGCCCAGAAGGUAAUUCAAGCUCAGACUGCAAUUUCUGUGGUGGAGAAGGAGGCUGUGACCUUGGACUGUGUGUAUGAAACCAGCGAUCCUUCUUAUUAUUUAUUCUGGUACAAACAACUACCCAGUGGGAAACUGACUUUCCUUAUUCGUCAGGACUCUUACAAUAAGCAAAAUGCAACAGAGGGUCGCUAUUCCCUCAACUUCCAGAAGGCAUCCAGUUCCAUCCAGCUCACCAUCACAGCCUCACAGCUCAUGGAUGCAGCAGUAUAUUUCUGUGCCCUGAGAGAAGCCACAGUGAGAGGGCUGCCUGUGGGAGUCCCACAAAAACCUCAAGAAGAGCUAGGGCCUCUGCGGGGAGACCCCACCACAGACAGGGAGGAGCAGUUUGAAGAUGAGAAGAGAUCGAGGCCAGAUGACAGCUGUCAUAGCAGCCAACACCAGAGUGUCUUUGCUAGUGUCAACUUCCAGACUAAACAUAAAAAUGUUCCCAGUUUUUGGCUUUCACCCCCACCAGUGACCAAAGACUUGACCACUCAAAGUCCAGCUCCCCAUAACACUGCUCGACAUGGACACGGUGUGAUUGAAGGUGGAUUAAAAGUCACUCUCACCAUUCCGCUACUUAUGCAUGGAAAGGAAGUUGGCAGUAUCAUCGGAAAGAAAGGAGAAUCGGUUAAGAAGAUGCGCGAGGAGAGUGGUGCUAUUAAUAUCUCAGAAGGGAAUUGUCCUGAGAGAAUUAUCACUUUGGCUGGACCCACUAAUGCCAUCCUCAAAGCCUUUGCUAUGAUCAUUGACAAACUGGAAGAGGACAUCAGCAGUUCUAUGACCAAUAGCACAGCUGCCAGUAGACCCCAGGUCACUCUGAGGCUGGUGGUCCCUGCUAGUCAGUGUGGCUCUCUCAUUGGAAAAGGUGGUUGCAAGAUUAAGGAAAUACGAGAGAGUACAGGGGCUCAAGUCCAGGUGGCAGGGGAUAUGCUCCCCAAUUCAACUGAGCGAGCCAUCACUAUUGCUGGCAUUCCGCAAUCCAUCAUUCAGUGUGUUAAACAGAUCUGCGUGGUCAAGUUGGAGUCCCCCCCCCCGCCACCACCACCCCCACCCCCCCACCCCCCGCCGAACAGCGUGACUAUCCUGUACCGGCCCAAGCCGUCAAGUUCUCCAGUCAUUUUUGCAGGUGGUCAGGACAGGUACAGCACAGGCAGCAACAGUGCGAGCUUUCCCCACACCACCCCGUCCAUGUGCCUCAACCCUGACCUGGAGGGACCACCUCUAGAGGCCUAUACCAUUCAAGGACAGUAUGCCAUUCCACAGCCAGAUUUGACCAAGCUGCACCAGUUGGCAAUGCAACAGUCUCAUUUUCCUAUGACGCAUGGCAACACCGGAUUCAGUGCAGGUUUGGAUGCAUCUGCUCAGACUACUUCUCAUGAACUCACCAUUCCAAACGAUUUGAUUGGCUGCAUAAUCGGGCGUCAAGGUGCCAAAAUCAAUGAGAUCCAUCAGAUGUCUGGGGCGCAGAUCAAAAUUGCGAACCCAGUGGAAGGAUCUACCGAUAGGCAGGUUACCAUCACUGGAUCUGCUGCCAGCAUUAGCCUGGCUCAGUAUCUAAUCGAUGUCAGGCUUUCCUCGGAGACGGGUGGCAUGGGGAGCAGCUAGAACAAUGCAGAUUCAUCCAUAAUCCCUUUCUGCUGUUCACCACCACCCAUGAUCCAUCUGUGUAGUUUCUGAACAGUCAGGGAUUCCAGGUUUUAAAUAGUUUGUAAAUUUUCAGUUUCUACACACUUUAUCAUCCACUCGUGAUUUUUUAAUUAAAGCGUUUUAAUUCCUUUCUCUGUUCAGCUGUUAAUGCUGAGAUCCAUAUUUAGUUUUAUAAGCUUCUCCCUUUUUUUUUUUUUUUGGCCCAUGAAUUUUUCUGUUUGUCAUGGAAAUAUAAGAGUGGACUAUUAAUACAUUUCAGUUUAGUUCUGUAAUGUCAGGAAUUUUUCAAAAAAAAUUAAAAGAUGGACUGGAGCUUUUUCUUUGUGAAUAGAAACUGGAUGCCACAGUGAUUCAUGUGGGUUUUAUUCCUGUUGUCUUCCUGUUAUUUUUGUACCUUUUAUUCCUUACAGGACCCUGAUUGGGUUUUGAAUAGAAGCCUUUAUUGCAAUUAA